AUGCUGGAAACAGUCAUAUAUGGCAAUGAUUCUUUUAAUAAUGAGGUUUCAGUUAAAAAGAAUUUUAAAGAUCUUGGAUUAAUAGAUGAGCUUUGUGAUAUAUGUAAAGCUUUAAAGUUUGAAUUACCAACUCCUAUUCAGCAAGAAGCAAUUCCAUGGGCUAUACAAGGGAGGGAUAUUAUUGGUUUAGCCCAAACGGGUUCUGGAAAAACUGCUGCUUUUGCAUUACCUAUUAUUCAAGCUUUAUGGAAAAAACCAAGUUCUUUGUUUGCAUGUGUUAUAGCACCCACCAGGGAGCUAGCUUAUCAGAUUUCUGAUCAAUUUUCUGCUCUUGGUAGUAAUCUUGGCUUGAAAAGUGUAGUUAUUGUUGGUGGUAUGGAUAUGGUUUCUCAGGCAAUAGCAUUAAAUAAGAAGCCACAUAUUGUAGUUUGUACACCUGGUCGUUUACAAGAUCAUUUAGAAAAUACUAAAGGUUUUUCUCUUAGGACAAUAAAAUAUUUAGUUCUUGAUGAAGCAGACAAGCUUCUUGAUAUGAAUUUUGGCCCUAUUAUUGAGAAAAUAUUGAAAGUUAUUCCUAGAGAAAGAAAUACCUAUUUAUUUUCUGCAACUAUGACUUCUAAAGUAGAAAAACUUCAGCGUGCAUCUUUGUUAAAUCCUGUGCGUAUAGCAGUAUCUACUAAAUAUUCAACAGUAUCAACAUUAAUUCAGUCAUAUCUUUUUUUCCCCUUUAAAUAUAAAGAUACUUAUUUUGUAUUUCUUAUUAAUGAGCUUGCUGGUCAAUCAAUUAUAGCGUUUGCUCGUACUUGCAGUGAUGCUCAAAGGCUAACUAUAUUGCUUCGUCAUUUAGGGUUUUCUGCAGUAUGUUUGCAUGGUCAAAUGAGUCAAUCUUCAAGACUUGGUGCAUUAACUAAAUUUAAAUCAGGAUCAUUUAAUAUUCUUAUAGCUACUGAUGUUGCUGCAAGGGGUUUGGAUAUUCCUCUUGUUGAUUAUGUUAUAAAUUAUGAUAUACCAACUGAUUCGAAAACGUAUAUUCAUCGAGUUGGUCGUACUGCUCGUGCAGGUAGAUCUGGUAAAAGUCUUUCUUUAGUUACUCAAUAUGAUUUGGAGUUGUUUUUGAGAAUUGAAAAGGCGCUUGGCAAUAAAAUGAAUGAAUUUUCUACAGAUAAAGAAGUAGUAAUGUUGUUAAAUGAAAGGGUUAGUGAAGCUCAAAGAGAAGCAAUUAUAGAAAUGAAAAAUAUGUAUAAUACGCGAGCAAAGAAACAAACACAGAAACAUAAGAAGAGAAUUUCAAAAUCUAUGACUGUUUUGGCAAAAAGGAAACGCGAUGAUAUGGAUCUUGAUAAAAAUUAUUAA